ACUAAAUAAUUUUAAACAUUUGUCAAAAUAAUAAACAAAAACAAUAUCAAAAUGCAUUCUGUUACGAUAUUUGCUGCUGUUGUUCUAGUUUCCUGCAUUGCUGCUUGUUCUGCCUCGUGUGGUCCCAUUCCGGUAGCUGCAUAUGGUGCAGCUCCUGGUGGUGGUGGCGCUGGUGCCUACGGACAUGCUCAUGGCCCAGCGGGUGGUAGCUCUGCUGGUGCUUAUGGUCCAGCUCAUGCUGCUCCUGGUGGUAGUGGAGCUGGUGCCUAUGGUCCAGCUCAUGCAGCUCAAGGUGAUGGUAGAUCUGGUGCAUAUGGUCCUGCUCAUGCUGCCUUUGCCGCUGCUUAUGGUGGUGCCGCCGCUUCGUCCCAAGUCCCAGCUGCUGCAUAUGGCGGUCAUUCUCACAGUCAUGCCCCAAGUGCCGUUGCAUCGAAAGCUUCAAAUGCGGGUCCGGCCUCAGCUCCGGCGCCAGUUGCUGCUCCUGCUCCCGUUCCAGCACCAGCUCCAGUUACUAUUCCUGUUCCACCUUGUCCUAAAAAUUACAUUUUCUCCUGCCAACCUCAGCUGAGACCAGCCCCAUGUGCCCAUGCUGCUCAUGGCGGAGCUGCUUAUGGCGGAGCUGGAUCCCAUUCGGAUAAUUACUUCAAUUAUGCUCUUCCUCCAUAUAACGUCAAUUAUCAGAAUUAUGAUGAUCAAAACUAAAUAUGAAAGCAA